AAAUUUCCUGAUGUCAAUUAUGAAAUAUCAGAUUAAGCUCAAGUUGAAGAUUGAGAAGAAAUCAAUAAGCAAGAUAAUGACUUUCACAGAAUUGAGAACUAGAACCUUGGGUAAUAUUAACAAUCUUAAAAUCAUGAUACAAGGAAGCCAAAUCCCAAUAUCACUACAAGUAGUGGACUUGACCGACAAGAUCUUUUUGCUAGGCAAUGACUGGUUCGAAAGAGUGAAGGCCUGGAUAUAUUAUGAUAAACAAAGGUUGGUUUUCAAAUAUACAGAAAAAGUAAUUAAGAUAUCUAUUUCCAAUGACAUCAUGAAGAGAGUGCCAGCAGAUGAGAUAAACAUUGCAGAAGAAUCAGAUAAUAAUAUGAACAAAGAGAAAAUAACAGACCACAUCUUGGAUGAGAUUAUAUAUAAGGAAGAGCAAAUAGACGAAAAGAAAGGAUACUUUGUAGAAGAGAUCAUAAGUGAUUUAGAAUUAGAUCAAGAAAUUUGGGAGAGUAUAUUGGGUCUGGCUGCCUACUUAUCUCAAAUCAAAGAGUUCUCCAUAACAGUUGAUGAGGAAUAG